AGACACAUGCGCGCUGCCGCCGCCGCCGCCGCCGCCGCCACCACCGCCGCAGUGUUCGGCUUUCCGGGACAGGAAACCUUCAAACCCGAGCUGCGGCGGCCGCCUCCGGGUCCGCGUCCCGACUCCGCGCGCCUGGCUGCUGUCCGGCGCCUUUCCCGGGAGUACUGCGGCCACUCGGGGCCCAAGCUGUCGCCUUCCCGCCGCGGACUGCUCUGACCCCCCCCCGCAGGAGCGGCGCGGCGGGGCGGGGCGGGGGGGCCCGGGAGAAGAUGGCGACGCCGGGAGGCGAACCCCAAGCUUUCGCGCCUGCCCUGUCCGUAGCGGCGCUGCACCCGCAUCACCAUGCACACCAUGCACACCAUCACCACCAGCACCACGGCGCAGCGGGAGGCGGCGGGGGCGCGGGUGGCGGCGGGGGUGCGGGCUUCAACCUGCCGUUGAAUCGGGGUCUGGAGCGCGCGCUGGAGGAGGCGGCCAACUCCGGGGGCUUGAACCUCAGUGCCAGGAAGCUGAAGGAGUUUCCCAGGACCGCAGCCCCUGGCCACGACCUCUCGGACACGGUUCAGGCAGAUUUAUCUAAAAACAGACUGGUUGAAGUGCCCAUGGAAUUAUGCCACUUCGUGUCACUGGAAAUUCUUAAUCUGUACCACAAUUGCAUCCGAGUCAUUCCCGAGGCCAUUGCUAACUUGCAGGUGCUGACCUACUUAAACCUGAGUCGAAAUCAGCUGUCUACCCUGCCCGCCUGCCUGUGUGGUCUGCCUCUCAAAGUCUUAAUCGCAAGUAACAACAAGCUUGGAUCACUACCCGAAGAGAUAGGUCAGCUCAGACAGUUAAUGGAGUUGGAUGUCAGUUGCAACGAGAUCACGGCUUUGCCCCAGCAGAUAGGCCAGCUGAAGUCUCUUCGAGAACUGAAUGUCAGAAGAAAUUACCUUAAAGUUUUACCACCAGAACUAGUAGAUCUUCCCUUGGUAAAGUUUGACUUUUCCUGCAACAAAGUGCUGGUGAUUCCUAUUUGCUUUAGAGAGAUGAAGCAGCUUCAAGUGUUACUGCUGGAGAACAACCCUCUGCAGUCUCCUCCGGCACAGAUUUGCACAAAAGGCAAAGUGCACAUUUUUAAGUAUCUGAGCAUACAAGCAUGCCAGAUUAAGACAGCUGACUCCCUUUAUCUCCAUGCCAUGGAGAGGCCUCACUUACACCAGCAUGUGGACCAACAUGUGGAGGACAGCAAGAAGGAUUCUGAUUCAGGAGUUGGAAGCGACAAUGGGGAUAAGCGGUUAUCAGCCACUGAGCCCUCUGAUGAGGACACAGUUAGCCUCAAUGUGCCCAUGUCAAAUAUCAUGGAGGAAGAACAGACCAUCAAGGAGGACGCGUGCCAUCGUCUCACCCCAGCGAAAGGGGAAUUUUGUCAGAACUUUCAGCCGGAGGGGCCUUCAUCCCUGUUGGGUGACAAUAACAGCUCAGCACAAGAACGAGACCAGUUUGCUGAUGGAGCAGAUGUUCUCCACUCAGGAUUCGUGAACUAUAUUAAGGAAAGGACAGAAGACUGUGAAGAGCUGUUACGAAUAGAAGAGGACACACACUGGCAGACGGAGGGAAUACUAAGUUCAUCCAAAGAUCAGGACAUGGAUAUAGCCAUGAUUGAGCAGCUGAGAGAAGCCGUAGAUAUGCUUCAAGAUCCCAGCGGUCUAAGCACAGACAUUUCAGAGAGAAGUAUUUUGAACCUGUACCCCAUGGGAUCAGCAGAAGUCUUAGAAUUACCAGAGUCUGCACUAAAUGGUCAAAUGCAGCUGGGGACAUCUCCCGUGUGUGAGGUGCAGAAUGAGCUAACAGUACAGAGCAAUGGGAACCAGCAUUCUCCGUAUGAGGUGAGAGUGAACUCCCCCUCGGUAUCUCCUACUGCAAAUAGUACAGCUCCUUUUGGCCUGAAACCUCGAUCAGGUUCCUGGUACCCUGCAGAGGUAAAGGGCAGCCUGAAGGCAGACUCGUUCCCGAGACACCCCCAGUUUCUUUCUGAGCAUGACCCAGCCCUCAUUCUCCCUCCUAUCUCCUUCAACAAACUUACACAGGCACAAACAUGGGACAACUCUAGCUACAGUGUUCCAUCUGAAGGAGACAGUGACAAUGUGUUUCUCAGACCCCAGAGAAAUUUGGAAUCUAUAGACCCACAGUUUACAAUUCGGAGGAAGAUGGAGCAAAUGAGAGAAGAGAAAGAAGUGGUGGAGCAGCUCCGUGAGAGCAUUGAGAUGAGGCUGAAGGUAACAUUGCAUGAAGACCUGGGGGCAGCGCUCAUGGAUGGAGUGGUGCUCUGCCACCUGGCCAAUCACAUCCGCCCACGGUCUGUCGCCAGCAUCCAUGUCCCCUCACCUGCGGUUCCCAAACUUAGUAUGGCCAAAUGCAGAAGAAAUGUGGAAAAUUUUUUGGAAGCCUGCCGAAAACUUGGAGUACCAGAGGAAAAGCUAUGUCUACCACAUCACAUCCUUGAAGAAAAAGGCCUGGUCAAAGUGGGCAUCACUGUUCAAGCCCUGCUCGAUGUCACCGUCACAAAAGCUCUGUUCACAUGAGACAAAGCCCUCUCUGCUGGGGGGGGGGGGUGCUCAGCCUCUUCCCAGAUCAGGGAUGCUGGACUCUACUCCUGGCACCUUUUCCCCUCCCCCACUCACCACCUGGCAGUUCGCUGACCAAUCACAUUGACAAGGUUUCAGGCUAAGGGAGGAUUUUCAUCCUUUCCGAGCUGACCUCCACAAUGAGGGCUGUUCAGGUGUUUUUGUCUCUAAGCCAGUGAGGGAGCUGGUGAAGAACUAAGUAGCACAUCUUUGCCUUUUCAACCUCCAUCAUCCCUUCCACACUCACCAACUGCCAUCACCAAACACCAAGCACAACCGUUUCACAGCAAGUUGCAUCCGUUUUAUUAAAACCAAAGUCCUUGCAGAUUCAGUGGGGGGAAAGGGGAUACAAUCAGGUUUUUCACCACCAAAUUUUUCAAGAUGUUUCUUGAGACCAUUCAUUGCCUUUUUGAAAAGCUAUUUUCAACAUACAAAAUAUUUAUAUAAAUAUUAUUUAUUAGUGAGUUGUUAUUCAUCCUUUGGAUGCAAAUUGUAAAUUAGGAAACUAUUUUAUUACUGCUUUUUUGUGGUUAAACAAUUUAUUUUAAUAUUAUAAAUAUUGAGUUAUUUCCUAGCCUCUGGCGUGCAGUAGUUCUAAGUCUCAGUAAUCAUAUCUCCUGGUGUAUAUGACUCAGAAAAGAAAAAUCUGGCAAGAAACAGGUGCUUCUGUGACAAAGAGCUAUUUUCUGGGGAGUGUUACUUACCUUUCGGUUUGUGGAACAUCAUUCUUAUUUAUAUUUUUUCUGCAUUCCAGCAGCCCUCUUGUCCCCCAAUAUAAUGAACUGACUGAAAUCAAGAGAGCACCCCAAAGUUCUAUGUAAAUAGCUAUGAUGGGAAAAAAAGACAUAUUAAACUUGAAGAUAGAAUGUGAACAAUUACUUUUUGGAUUCAUACUUCUUUUGCUAUGCACAGAACAUCCACAUUUUAACACACAAAAAGUAGGAAGUGUUCAGCAUCGUGUGUCUUGAAGUCUAAUUCUGCACUGUAUUUUGGGUAAUUAAAGAGCCUAGAACCAGAGGCAGACAUUGAGAAAAUGAGGUGGUGAAAGAUUACUGUCUAGCCAAGAGGCUUUUGAAAGAAGGCUUCCACUGGAUGAUCAAAAAUUACUUAAGGACGUGGGACAGGAAACCAGCACUUCUUAAAAGUGCCAGUUUUAAAAGAGGAGAGGAUUCUGAAAUGUAGAUGUGCUUAUUUUAUUAUAAUCAGGCUAGAGAUUUUUCAGGAUUCCAGAAAAUACUCCAGUAUCCGUGGUCUCUGGUGUGAAAGCAGGCAGGCAGCUCCAUGCAGGUGGAAAGAAGGUCAAGUAAGUGAAGAGUGCGGGCAGCAGGGAGGGAGCAAGGGCCGUGCUGGACUGGGGAAGGAGCCAGCCCAGGAGAGGGCUCCUGUCAGUGGGACAGGUUCACAGAAGGCUUUACUAGAAAAGGCUAUACAAGGCAGUCACAGGCACGCACACUACACUACGCUGCAGGUAAGGUACCCCAGUCCUUCAUCUCGAAAGGCCUAUUGAGUGCUGGCUGCAGCUUGACCUCUGUACAAAGCCAUUCGUAGUUUCUAGAGCAGCUGUAGCCACAAUGUGUAAAUGCUAAGACGAACCAAAAGACAUCAGGAGGAAAGUGUGCAGUCAACGCAGAUUAAUAACCACCGGGGCUGCCGUCCACCCCCCAGGAGGGGAAGAUGGAGGGGGUCCAAACAUGGAAAUUUAGAUCAGCAGCUAGUAAUUCUAUCAAAUGUACUGUGCACUUUAACAUAACUUGAAUAUAUUUUAAUACUUUUCUGUACUGCCCAGAUAUCUGUUUUGUCAAAUAGCCUAACAAUGUAAAGAGAAAAGGAUUUUUGAAGAGAAUGUAUACAACUUAAGCAACAUUGAAGGGUUGAUUGUCUAAAUAGGAAUUUAGACUGCUGCCCCUUCAUGGAUAUUUGCAAUGCAGGGUCCUGAAAUAUAUUUUUACAUGUAUAUUUGGCAACAUGAAGCUCAGUAAUCAUUAUUUUUGGAGAGUUUUUUUCAAAGUUAAAAUAUUUCUUUUGAUAUUUUCAGUAUUUUCUUGAAAUUGGCUGUAUAAUACAAAUGGUUUCAAUAUUUUGUAAAAUACUUUUUUUAAAUACAAUUCUUGUAUGGUUAAGAUGUCUUUAAGAUCCUUGUACACUGUUUAUAUGUGCAAUAAAUGUGCAUGGCCAGCUGACAGUACCAUAAGUACACAGAAUGUAUAUAGUGCAAAACUCUUCAUUUUAUUAUUUAACAGCCAUUAAAAUUCUGAAUUUGUACCAAC